CCGGUUUGAGUUUGCCAAUGGGGGAAUUUCAUGGAGCAAACUGCCACUUGAUUCCGACUGUUUCAACUCUCCGAGUCCGAAGAGCGCAGCUCAACCGUUAUCGACUCGCCGGUUCCGCAAGAACAGCAGCCCAAUAACGAAGCUCCGACGAUGGACUCUGCUCAUGCUGCUAAACCUCUAUUCAGCAACGGAUUCGAUUUGGUGAACUUAGCCGUGUCCUCCGAUAUUCUUUCCAAUUCAUGGGCUGCAAUCUCCGAACUCCAGUCCCAGAUUGACCAAAGCCCACCGUCUUCUGAAACCGUGAAAAUUCAAGAGUUUAAACACCCGGGAUACAAAAUCAUUGCUUUUGUGAUCCCACCAGCUGCUACAAGUAAUCUCCAAGCAGUGGGCGAUUUGGUCCCGUCUUCUUCAUCAGAGGCCGCUGUGUUUAAGUUUCUCUGCUCCAAGGACAACCCGCCUUUUUCCAUAAACAAAGCUGCGAUUUCUCUGUUCAACUCUCUCCAAGAUAGGCUCUCUCCCCUGAAAACUCAGGUUGCAACUUCCUCCAAGUCUAUUCCACACAUUAUAACAGGAGAUCGUUUGGGUGGAUCCAUUGCCUCUCUUUUCACGCUAUGUCUCCUACGCACACUCGAUUCAGCCACCAAAAACGGUCCGCUUUGCAUCACAUUCGGUUCGCCCCUCAUUGGGGACAGUGGGUUCCAACAAGCCAUAUCGCGAUAUCCAACAUGGAGUUCUUGCUUCUUGCAUGUGGCUCAUAUGGAUGACUGUAUCCCCAGACUCUUUCUCCUGUCGACCGCGGAGCAGAGGCUAUACGAGCCUUUUGGUACAUUUCUUUUGUGUUCUGAAUCGGGUGGUGCAUGUUUCGAAGCCCCUGAAUCCAUAAUUGAGUUGCUCACCCGGAUGAGCCUGGAAAGGAAUGGUAGCACUGCAGAUUCCCAAAUUUUCAAUUAUAAGAGCGUCAUUGAAUGUCUCGAAGGGCGAUUGACUUGCAAGAACCAACCUGCAUUUAGUGUGCCUGAUGCUGAUUCAUUUAAAGCUGGGAUAACUGCGCAAGUUGCAGCAAUUGGCCUUGUGCAAAUUCAGCCGCAGAAUAUGGAUAUUGAUGCUCUGUGGAGGAAGAUAGUGAUGCCUGAACAAGACAUCCUGAAACGAAAGAAUCCGACAAUUGAUCCUGCCAAGGCGUUGAACAAAAUGAAAGUGUACCUAGCUUAUUUUGAAUGGUAUAAGAACAAGUGCGAAGACGACGACCGGCGUCCUGGUUACUAUGACAGCUUCAAGACCAAAAUGGCCAAGCGUGACCAUGAAGUCGUUAGGUUCAAAACAGAGCUCGAGAUUUACUGGCAAUCCGUGGUGGAAGAGGCAGAGAAGAGGCCUCAGUUCGAGGGAGCACCGAUGCGGAUCCGCUGGCUCUUCGCAGGGACAAAUUACCGGAGGAUGGUCGAGCCACUCCACAUAGCCGAGUACUAUAAAUGGGACAAAAGAAGUUACAUAUCUCAAGGGAGAUCCAAGCACUUCAAGCUAUUGGAACAGUGGCUGGACGAACAUCAGAAACAGCCCAAGAAUAGUGUUCCUAACGAUUCGAAAAUGAAGAAGAUCAUGUUCAGUGUCACAGAGGAUUCAUGCUUCUGGGCCCAUGUGGAGGAGGCACGGAUAUCGUGCAGGUUGUUGAACAGCGGAGGAUCGAACAGCGCAGAAAUAGAAAACUUGGUCAAGUUCGAGAAGUAUGUUAUGGGCUUGCUCAGGAACUACGCGGUUUCUCGCGAUAUUUUCUUGGAAAGCAGCAGCUACAUGCAAUGGUGGAGGGAAUAUGAGGACAUUUUGGGGAAGCAAGUGAUGGGAGCUUCUCAGAACUCGGAACUCGCUUGUUUCAUGAAGGACGGAGACUAUCACCGGUAUAAAUCAGGUGCCCUGGUAUUCGCAUGACGGAUGAAUAAACUGGGUAAUUUGAAUGUAAUUUAUAGUGCAUUAUAAGAGCAAGAAUGUGCUGGCCUCGCUCAUUGUGUUGAUUUUGCUUUGCUUGAAUCGAGUCAAAUUCUCAAUUUAAGAUGAGUCCAAGAAUUUUGAUUCGGAA